UUGUGUUGGUCAAGUCAAUUGUGAGUUUUUUUCAAAGAAUUUUUUUGUCAAAAUGGGCGUUAGAGGCUUAAAAUCUCUCAUGGAAUCCGCCGUACCGGAUGGAGCGAGAAACGUAAAUAUCGAAGAAGAGAUUCAAAAUUAUAAAAGGUCCAAUGGCGGUAAAUCCCCAAUUUUAGCGAUUGAUUUGGCAGCUCUUGCUUACCUCUUGUCCUCCGUUGAUAAUGCCACAGUUGGAAUGCGAGCAAAUAUCGUCCUCGAAAAAGCUACGGAAUUUUUCAGUCGUCUCAAGAACUUUGGAGCUUCAUUAACUUUUUUCGAUACAGGCACAAUUCUUCCAACAAAAGAAACAAAUUAUUUUAUUCAACGCAAAGAAGCAAAAGCAGCCAAACUCGAAAUUUUAAGGGACUUGGAAUCGAAAAUGCCACUUCAGGAUUUGCUCAAGAAGCACGAUAAUGAAUUUCGUGGAUCAUCAACGAUUGUUCCGCUGCUGAAGGAAGUUGCAAGAAACUUUGGAAACAUUUACGCGCCAUUUUUUGUCGAAAAACACACCAUUAUGGCGGGUUUUGCAACGAAGAAAAAUGCAUUCGCUGUCUUGGGAAACGACACAAAUUUCCUAAUUUACGGCAAAAAAUGGAAAUUUUGGUUCAUGGAUAGUAUCGACUUUAAAAAAUUCGUGAUUCGGGAAUACAAUUCGCUUGCAUUGAUGGGAUAUUUGAACUUAACAAAGGAACAAAUGCCACUUUUUGCAACGUUAGCAGGUAACGGCAUCAUUUUAAACGAAGAUUUUGAGGCAUUUCACGGAAAACGAGGUGUGAAAAAACGAGUUGAAAAAGUAUCGGAAUUCGUAAGGAGUCAAAGAUUUCCUUUAGGGUCCAGAGAUAUUGAUCGUAUUGUCAAAUACGUGUUCCGUAACAAGGCAAAUAGUCAAAUUAGAACAAAAAUUCAGGAAAGUUUGGAUUCGUAUGACUUUAUGAAAUCAAUUGCUCCUGAAACGGAAAAAGAUCCGUUUUUGAAGAGGUUGAUGAGUCAAGAAUGGGCAAAGCAUUACGAUAUUCUCAAAAAAAUACCACAAAUUUGUUUGUCUUCGUAUGUUGAUAUACGCGAACAAGACUUUGAAAAGCCCUUUAGUGAGCUCAUUAUCACUUUAUUGCGACGUCACAUGGGGAUUUUGUGGCAACAUAAGCGAGAACCCAACAUGACACUUGAUGUUUUUGUGAGUGCAUUUCAAAAUCGUCCCGCUGGAUGUAUCCAAGUCGAAGCUGAAUAUCCUAAAAUUCAAGUACCUCCAUUGGAAAAUUUAAUUUUUCGUGCUGAAACUGAUGGUUUGGACUCGAUUCGACAAGAUCUCCUAAAAUUUGUCAUUGGAAUUGGUUUGGAUGUUACAGAACUUUUCACUUUCGACAAGAAAUUCAUACCCACAAUUGCCUUACUUUACUAUUUCGUGAAGGAAGCAGGGCUCAAAAUCGAAGAAGCGGAUAUUUUUCUUCUUUCCAUCUACGAAACUGUCAACGAAAAGUACAAAGCACACGAAUUAACGUUCCCCGAAACCCUCGAUUUGCGUGCUUUCAAAAUUGUCUUUCUCUUUAUCAAGAUACAACGAGUGCUUUUGCCAAUUUUUGCGACACUCGGUUAUCGCGAAAUGGCGAAACAUGCGUCAUUUGAUGGAUUGCAUUUUCAUCUGUUGUGGCAGGAAUGGCGAAAAUUGAGUAGCAACGAACGAGAGGAACGAUUGUCUUGCAUUCAAAAAUUGCGCUUGUACGACAAUUGAUUAUUUGGUAUUCAGAGCUCGCGCCAUCCAUUAAUUACAUCAUUGUGUCGUUCCGUUUUUGAAAAUAUGACAAUGUUUACUUGAAAUUUUAAUAUUUUUACAUCAUUCAAUUAAUAUAAAUA